AUGGAUCCGGAGCAAAAGGUAGCUAAAAUCACACCCCAACACGAUGCUGAUCAUGUUGAUGGAGUUGAUAGGAUCAGUGCCCUUCCUGACGAAAUUCUCCUUCACGUUCUGUCAUUUCUGGGCUCGAAAAAAGCUGGCAAAACCUCAGUUCUUUCCACCCGAUGGAGAUUCCUCUUCGCUUCAACUCCUGAUAUCGAUCUCGACAUGUCUUUCGAUUCACAAUCUUUGGAUCCUUCUCAAAAUAAUGGGAUUGUCAUUGAUCAUCCUCCUUAUCAGCGCUUGUACGCUUUCAUGAAUUUUGGCUACAGACUUGUUAUGCUAAGAAAUGGAGCCCCGAUUCGAAAGUUUAAACUCUCUCUUCGUCAGGUACCUCGAGCGUAUCAGGCAGCAAUUCAAUCUCUGAUAUCCGCUGCACUUUUGUGUAAAGCCCAAGAAAUUGAAAUUUCAGUGGAUAGUAAUGCUUUGUCCAGGGCUCAUUCUAUCGAACAAGUAUCUGUGGCAGGAAUGUUAUCGUGCAAAACGUUAGUUUCUCUGGAACUAGACUGCUGGCCUGGAGGGAAUUUAAAUGUCUCACCAGAUUCAGUUUGGUUACCAAAUCUCAAGUCAUUGCACUUGAGCGCAUUGAUAUUGGUAAAUGAAGAUUCUAUUCAGUGGCUUAUUCAAGGGUGUCCUGUGCUCCAAGAAUUGGAUUUAAGCUUAGCAGGUUUUAGCCAUAGCACAACAGGACAGCAGCAGAGAGGUAUUAUAAUAUCUAGCUCUUCCUUGAUAAAACUAAAACUGGAGUGUUGGGCCAGUGAGUGUACUGUUCUUGUGGAGUGUAAAAUCCUCGAAAGUUUUGAGUACUCGGAUAUUUGUGCAAGAAAACGUAAAAUUAUUCUUGUUGCCCCAAAUCUCAAGUAUUUGGCUUACACAGUCGACCGUCUUGGGGAAAGCUUUAUACAAAUCCCAAAUUGUCUUGUUGGAGCCAAAAUAAGAGUCUGUCACUGGGGUGAACAAGACAGUAUUCAGGAUAUUUAUGAGCAUCUUCAUCGGGUAGGAUGUGUGAAAUCACUUUCUUUAGAACAGAAUAUUCUCAAGAUUGGAGGUUCGGUCCCUGUCUUGCUGGAAAAUGCUGCCAAGCUUAUUCGGAUGUUCCCUAGCCUUCAAGAGCUUGUUCUCGGAGAAGUAGCUUGGGAUGGCAACUUACAAGAACUCGAAUGCCUGUUACAACAAGUUAUUCUAGUCUCCUUCAUUCAACAUCUCAAGGAAAUAGAAAUCCGAAGAUUCUGCAAGGAGGAAUAUGAAUUUAAGCUCGUUGAGUACUUUUUGCGCAACGCAAAAGCUUUGCAAAAGGUGACUCUUGGCAUGGGAUCUUUAGACGUCCCCGAAAGAUUAUUGUCACUGAAGAGUUCAUGGUGA